AUGUCAGGAGGCCCAGUACCAGUGUGGAAGAAAUACACCAGCAGACCUAGAGGAAUAUGGGAGAAAUUGAGGGAACUUUUGGUCUUGGCUCCCAAUAGAUCGUCAGGAAACAUGUAUGUUCCGUUGUACAGAAAUCCUCCACCAGGAUCAAGAAUAGCUGAAGCCAAAGCAUAUAAAGACCCAGUAACAAUUCCGGCUGGUGACAUAAAGGGAAACCCAUAUUUCAAGCGAGAUUUUAGAAGAAAUUACCCUCAAGUGCAUGGUUUUAACCAAACCAAGUUAUCAGGAUUGUUGCAAUUGGGUAAUAGCGAGCAUCCAAGAAUAUCGGUGGGAGAGAAGGGCACUAAAGAAUUGAGUACGUUUGAAGGAGGAAGUGUGGUUAGUUUGACUUCGACUUUGAGCAAAUUACCAGAAAAUGUCAUCAAAGGAGAAAUCUUGGGUAAACAAGGAGAGCCAAUCGUGGCUCCAAGUUUGAACAAAUUCAAGUGGGAAAUAUUGCCAGAAAGUGUUCAUGGAAUGUAUACAGAGGAGUAUCCAUGUCGUAUAUUCACUGAUACAAAGGUUAAAACAGUUUCAUCAUCAGCCUAA